AUGGAACUGGACUGGAAUGACGCAGCCCUCAGAGGCCAGUUUGCCCAUGGCCUCCACUGGGAGGUCAGCCGUCAAAUAGCAACCCGUGAAAGUUGCCCGCAUACCCUCCUCAAGCUGCAGAAUGCAGCACUUGUCAUCAACAACGCUCUCUGCAAAGAGCAAGCUAGCCAUCCGCCAAAGGAUAAUAAGCCUAGCAGACCAUCCAACCCUGCAAGGGGGACAAGUACCGGCCAGUCCACAACCGGUUCAAAGAAACUCUCCAACAACCCCAACUUUGUGUUGGAGGAGGAGCGCAACCGCCGCCGCGCCGCAGGUGCCUGUAUCAAAUGCGGCAAAAUGGGUCACAAGUUUGUGGAAUGCCGCACGGGCUGGAAGGCUACCCUGGCUGAGGAUAAGGGAAAAGCCAAGGAAACUGCCAAGACUGGCAAAGACUCUGAGUACCAAUUGGGAAAAGACAUCAAUAAAAUAUCCCCACUCUUCACAAUUUCAAUUAAGCCAGAGAAACAAGUGGACCUACUAGAAGUCCUGAUAGAUUCAGGCGCCACAUCAUCAUUCCUUCACCCUUGCACCGCGGAACUACUCCGCCUACCCCUGAUAGAUCUUCCACAACCCUGUACCGUCACCAUGCUUGAUGGGUCAAGCCCCCAGGCAGGCAAAAUCUGGAAGAAGGCAAACCUGACCUUCUCCUUUGAUGGCAAGCGCAUGACCAAGACCUUCCUUAUAUGCAAUACAGGGUCUCAUGCCGCUAUCCUAGGAUUGAAAUGGUUGGACGCACACAAUCCAGAAAUUGAUUGGAACACAUGCACACUCUCCUUUCCCCAUGCACCACCCAAACACGUGGCCAUUGCCAAGGAAGAGGAAGCCAACAAAAACCCCCUAGAAGGAGUACCCUCCAAAUACCAUCAAUACGCCAAGGUAUUUGGAGAAGAAGAAUUCAAUAAGCUUCCCCCCCAUUGGCAUUACAAUAUUGGUAUUGAACUCACAGAAGAAGGACCCUUGAAUUCACCUCUCUACAGCAUGACCAACGCCAAGUCAUCCACGCUCAAGGACUGGCUCAGGGACAAACUCAGGGCUGGAAAGAUCCGCCCCAGCAAGUCUUCCAUUAGUUCCCCUGUUAUGUUUGUACCCAAAAAGGAUGGUUCUUGUUGCCUUGUAGUUGACUAUUGCCGCCUGAACAAUUGGACCAAGAAGAACGUUUACCUGCUGCCCCGUCCUGAUGACCUCAUGGCCCAGCUCUGCGGCGCUAAGAUCUUCACAAAGCUGGACCUACGCUGGGGAUACAACAAUGUCCAGGUUAAAGCAGGUGAUGAAUGGAAAACCGCCUUCUGGACCAAAUACGGCCUUUACAAAUCCCUGGUCAUGACAUUUGGCCUGACAAACGCUCCUGCCUCCUUCCAGCACUUCAUGAACAACUUGUUCAAGGACCUGUUAGACGUAUGCAUCAUCAUUUAUCUUGAUGACAUCCUAAUCUACUCCAAGGAUGACACAUCUCACACCCAGCAUGUUCAUGAGGUCCUGCGGCGCUUGAUGGAAAACCAGCUGUUCUGCAAAGCGUCCAAAUGCACGUUCCAUGUAACUUCCGUGGAAUACCUGGGGAUUAUUGUGUUGGAUAAAGGCUUUAGCUUGGACAAACUCAAGAUCCAAGCCAUCCAGGAAUGGCCCACUCCCACUAAAGUCAAAGAGGUCCAGUCCUUCCUUGGCUUUGCCAACUUCCUCCGCCAAUUUGUCGCUAAUUUCAGUCACAUGGCAAGGCCACUACAUAACCUAGUCAAGAAGGACACACCCUGGGUAUGGAGUACCAAGGAACAGGAAGCCUUCCAAGGAUUGAAAGACGCCAUUACCACUGCCCCGGUACUUUGUCAUGCCAACCCCUCCAAGCCAUACUUCCUCAAGACGGAUGCAUCAGGCGCAGCCCUAGGGUUCCUAUCUGAAUCAUUCAAAGGGGCCAAACAGAAUUACGACACCCACAAUAAGGAACUAUUAGCUAUCAUCUGGUCAUUUGAAUACUGGCGCAUUUUCCUAGAAGGCACAAAUCAUCCAAUCACAGUCUUCACAGAUCACCGGAAUCUGGAAUACUGGAAGGAAUCAAGGACCUUUAAUUGCCACCACGCACAAUGGCAUCUCUUGCUAGCAGGAUAUAACUUCCAAAUUGUGUACCGCCCCGGCAAACAGUUGGGAAAGCCCAAUGCCCUCUCCCGCCAAUCAGACCAUGCGGACGUCCCCCCUGCCAACCAAACCAUGUUGCCCGGACCAGUCUUUGCCAAUGUUGCCUUAGUAACCCUGGAAAAAGAGUUACAACGCCAGAUCAAAGCUGCCUUAGAUCAAGACAAAUCCUUAGAAGAAAUACUCCAAUUCCUCCAAAGCAAAUCAAAGGCACCCUUGUCCAUCAAAAGGGCCUUCAAGGACUACCAAAUGGAAGCAGGACUACUCUUCUAUCAAGGCCGGAUUGUAGUCCCUGACGUUGGAACCCUGAGAACAGAUCUACUGCAGAUCUUCCAUGACAGCCCCCUGGCUGGUCACCCAGGAAGGCAGCAAACGCUGGAACUGGUCUCAAGGAACUAUUACUGGCCCGGAAUCCGCGCAGCCACUUACUGGCAUGUGGACUCUUGCAAAACCUGUCAGCAAAUCCGGAAACCCAAGUACACGUCUAUUCCGCCUCAACCCCUAGAGCUACCAACGCGCCCCUGGCAACACAUGUCAUAUGAUAUGAUAGUGGACUUACCUAAGGAUGGAAACAGCAACUCUAUCUUGGUCAUUGUAGACAGCUUCACCAAAUAUGUCAUCUUGGUGGAAUGUUCCAAAAAGCUCAAGGCCCCGGAACUGGCAGAUCUAUUCCUACGGCACAUAUGGAAGCGUUACAGCAUGCCCAAAAAGACAGUCUCAGACCAAGGGAGGGUCUUCAACAACAAAUUCCUAAAAGCCCUGUACCAGUGCCUAGGAAUAGACCCUCACUUCUCCUCUGCUUACCACCCUCAAAGUGACGGACAAAUGGAACAAGUAAACCCCACCGUGGAACACUUCCUGAGGGCCUAUUCAGGGGUCAACCAAAGGGACUGGGUCAAGUGGUUACCAAUGGUGGAGUUUGCCUACAACAAUGCAACACACAGUAGCACCAGCAAAUCUCCCUUCAAGGCACUGUAUGGGUGGGAACCGUCCCUGACCCCAAGCAACGUACCAACAGAUGUCCUGGAGGCUGAUGACAUGGCAACCCAAAUGGAAGCUCAAUGGCGGGAAAUAGAGGCCACACUCCAACAAUCAAAAUCACGUAUGACGGCCAGAAGAACAGGGGAUCCAAUUAGCUUUGAAGUUGGGGAAGAAGCCUGGUUAGACGCCAAGAACAUGAAGCUGAAAACCCUAAGUCCCAAGCUAACGGAACAACACCUAGGCCCCUUUGAGAUAACGGAAAAAAUCUCCAACUGUGCGUACCGCUUGAAACUCCUGCCAUCAAUGAGGAUCCACAACGUCUUUUAUGUGGGGUUACUGUCUAAAGUGAGAAGGGAUGAUAAGCGCGCCUUCAAGAACCAACCUCUGCUGGUGACCAUAGACAGGGAAGAGGAAUACAAGGUAGAAGGUAUCACAGACAUGGAAGAAAGGAAUGGGAAAUGGUUUUUCAGGGUCAAAUGGAAGGGAUAUGGGUCAGAAGAGAAUACCUGGGAACCAAGGGAAAACCUCAAGAACGCCAAAAAAAUCCUAAAAGAUUUUUGA